AUGGACGCCAGGUCCGCGACCUCGGAACCUCAGCAUUCUUAUUCCCCGAGUCCUUGGGCCGCGACUUCCACCUCCCCGUCGAGCUCAUCAGAAUCGACCAACAACGGCCCUGCGCACUCGCAAUCCGCGGAAAGUCUCGCGGACGCAGCUGCUCUCCCCGCCCCUGCCGCGGCUGCACCACCGUUUCCAUCCCACCUCGACUUCCUGCCGUUUCUGUUUCCUCAACAAAACAUCUACCACCAACAGCUUCUUCACUACAACAAGCUCAUCUCGCCCGCCCGUGGAGGUGGACUGCAAACGCCACCGCUGCCUCCUGUCGUGUCCUCCCCACAUGUACAGGCCGGACCCAGACCCAGAUCAUCUAGUAAAGUGUCCCUGAAGGACGGAUCGGCCAGCAAAGGAGCCACCUCGGGAGGCAAUGGGAGCCGCUCACAUCACAGCUCAGACAAGAACAACCGCUCGGUUGUAGUGUCCAAAGAACAUACAACGCCUUCCAAGAUGCCCCCCAAACAUUCGGCCGAAAUGUCGAGGAGCGUUCCUCACCGAUCGAAUGCCGCCACCACUUCUUCAGCACACGGACAGUCACAAUCGAGCUCCGUGCCCUCGACCCCCCAUCAACAUGCUCGGCAGUUUUCAUUUGAAUCACGAGAGCCUUCGCCCUCGGCCGGCAACAAUCACUCCCCUCGAUCUGCAUACUCGGAAACGAAUAGCACUCUACCUUCGCUGCGGCCGUUGCCCCCUCGAUUAGGUGGAUGCAAGUACGAAACGGCGCAGAUCAACUCGAGGCGCAGAAUACCGUACUCUGUCGGUAACGAUCGUCUUGAAAAGCUGGACUUGCGAAGCGUCAAGAGCAAAUUGUCCGAAGAUGAAGACCGGAGGUUAGCCGCGGAUAUUCGCAUACUCUACGACCGUUUAUUACCGACCAAUGAGGUGGAAGAGAAGAGAAAGAAGCUGGUUCAGAAGCUGGAAAAGCUCUUCAACGACGAAUGGCCAGGUCACGACAUUCGAGUCAACCUGUUUGGAUCCUCGGGCAACCUGCUUUGCUCAGAUGAUUCCGACUUGGACAUCUGCAUCACUACGUCCUGGCACGAGCUGGAAGGUGUCUGCAUGAUAGCUAACCUGCUGGCGAAACGCGGGAUGGAAAAGGUGGUGUGCAUAUCAGCGGCCAAGGUACCAAUUGUCAAGAUUUGGGAUCCCGAACUUGGUCUAGCUUGCGAUAUGAAUGUCAACAACACUCUUGCGCUCGAAAAUACUCGGAUGGUUCGCACAUAUGUUGAAAUAGAUCCUCGAGUUCGACAGCUGGCCAUGGUCAUCAAAUACUGGACAAGGAGGAGAAUAAUUAAUGAUGCUGCUUUUGGUGGAACUUUGAGCUCCUACACAUGGAUUUGCCUCAUUAUUGCAUUUCUUCAGCUCCGAACUCCACCAGUACUACCCGCCCUACAUCAGAUGCCUUACAAAACACACAAAUCCGACGGAACUGUCAGCGACUUUGCAGAUAAUCUGAAGAAGAUCAAGGGCUUUGGGAACAAGAAUAAGUCGUCUGUUGCGGAGCUGCUAUUCCAAUUUUUUCGGUUCUAUGCGCACGAGUUUGACUAUGACAAACAUGUCCUCUCGAUUAGGCAAGGGAGACUGGUAACGAAACAAGACAAGAAGUGGAACUAUGCCGUCAACAACCAACUCUGUGUCGAGGAGCCUUUCAACACUAGCCGGAAUCUUGGCAACACCGCCGAUGAGUAUUCUUUCCGCGGAGUUCAUUUGGAACUUCGCCGAGCUUUUGACUUGUUGUCGGAAGCAAAGUUGGAGGAGGCAUGCGAACAAUACGUCUUCCCUAAAGAGGAGGAGCGUGUCUGGACGCGACCGCCGCCUCAGCCCCGGCCAGUCCUUGUGAGGAGCUCUUCGCAAACACAUUCAGGCCGCGGUGGCCGAGGCCAUCACAGAGGGGGGCGACACAACAACAACAACAACAACAACAACAACAGUAAUAACUUCCACCGUAACGGCGGCGGCUCGAAUCGACGCGCUUCGUCCAGCGUGCCGGCGUAUGAUGCAAACAUGUUUGUCACGCCGAUUACCUUGCAGCAAGACAUGUCGUGGUUUCAGAACCCUCAUUAUCAAUUCCAGUACGCACAGCAAGAUCUCAUGACGCAAAUGGCAUACCAUCAAGAGAGCAUGAGGCAAUUUCAGUUAUACACGCAGUCUCCUGCCUUUUUGCAGCAGCAAACUAUGAAUCAGGCGCAGAGAUUGUCCGCCACCAACUCGGGUUCCGGAGGGCAGCAGUCUUCUGACCGUUCCAGAACGAAUUCUUUUGAUAACGUACCAGUCAGCGCCCCGCUGCGUCCAGACUUGUAUGCGUUGUACGGGAUGAACCUCGGCCACACAUUCUUCCCCCAAACCAGCUACGGCACCUACCCGACGACGACGACGACGACGACGGCCGCAAGCGCAACCACCAACUCGGGGGGCCAAGACUUUCGUCGAUCGCUUCAACGGUCAACGCUGUCGGGCGAGGGAGGUUUAUCGGCCUCGAGCAGCUCUAUUCGCUCCCAAUCUCAACCAGCCCAAAGAUCACCAUCUGCCAACCCUGGCGUAGCUUACCACACGUUGGGCAGCCAGACGCCGACCAGUGCCGUCAUGGCGUCGUCGAGAAACGCAAACGGUGUUCCUAUUCCCAGUUUCAUGUCGGAUGAAGCCGACUUUGACGAAACACCCAGGGCCGUGUCGGAUUCGCCAGAGACAUUCGACGUCCAGUCUGGGUUCUUUCAGUCCAGAAGCUUGAGUCCAACAAGACUGUCGCAGCUACAGCUACAGCAGCAACAACAACAACAAACGCAGCAGCAGCAUCUGAAUCAGCAGCAGCAUCUGCCCAACGGUAUUGCCUUUGGGGAUCUUGCAGCGCAUUCUUCUAGUCCGGAACGAAGGCGGCUGUCGACGGAGCAACUACCGCAAACGCUUCUGGAUCGAAGGAUGCGAAGAGCUUCCAGGUCUCCGUCGCCUCUGGGGCACGCUCGUGCCUUCUCCGUCGGUGGCGGAGCAGCUUCUGCGCCGUUGGCAUCGGCCCCCUUUCCCGGCAGCCAGAGCAGCCAGAGCAGCAAGACGCAGACGCGACCGUUGGUAGUGAAUGGAUCGGGAUUGAAGAUGGCCGUGUCGCCUCCCAAUCAAAGACAAUGCAACAGACCCGAGACUCUAGUAUUGGAGGAUUCGCUAGCCGCCAACAUGGACAAUGCCUUGCAUAUCAAUGUUCCUGUUCCCAUGUGGCCGGUGCAACCGCCCAUCAAUGCCACAAUGCAGGCGCCGUCGACGUCGUCGUCGUCGACAGCGCCUCAGCUGCCGCUCGACCGACCGCCGAUUGUCGUGAACGGCUCCAACGCACCGCUAACCAUUUCCCAGUCAACAGAGGAUGCUUCAUUCCGUGAGCGCAUAGCAAUGAUGAACUCGAUCUACCUGACGAACCAGCUCAACCAGCAGGAGCUGCAGAAUGGAAACACGUCUCGACUUGCUCCAUCUGCCAGGCAGCGUCUUUUUGGUCGCCAACCGCAAAGCGGCGUCAUUGCCCCCCUGGAUCUGGCCAUUGCUGAUAACCGGGUUGGCAGUACCAGGCCUUCAGGAAUUGACAGCGCGAACCUCUCACCCGUAUACGAGAACCGGACUCCUUCUCCCAGCGCUGUUCGAAAACAGGCCACUGCGGCUCCGACGUGGCUACCCAGUAAGACACAGGCCAAAGCCGAAGGCAAAUCAAAAGUUGGGUCUGCGGCGACGGAUGUGCCGAAAGAGACGCAUCAAGAAGGAGAUUGGAUGCCUUCACCGGUGGAUGCGGAAAAGAUGUCGGUGGUCCAGAAGCCUGGGACUGCAGCCAUCAACAAGCCAGUGAUGCAGGCUCGCGAAAACGGCCAUGUACGUGGAGCCAAGAGUGAAGGAGACGGCGGUUGGCAGAAGGCUGCCGGCAAGGGCAAGAAGAAGACGAAUGCAGCUCCUGCUGCCACGACACAACCGUCGCACGCAGAACUGCCACCAAGGAAUGAGUCUGACCGGAAAGGGGGCUGA